AUGGAAAAACCACCUCUCAGAAGCUCCUCGUUGGGAUUUCCAAUAGGCGUAAUACAAAUUCCGGUGUCAUUGUCCGGUCUUACUGAAGUGGAUUUUAAUGGUUUGCCUAGAUUACCCGUGUCAGUGACAUGCUAUGCAAGGUUUCGUCGGUUAUUACAUAUCAAACAUCAUAACUUGUGUCAGUAUCUCGAUGUUGUCAGAGAGAAGGGUGAAAUACUAUCAGUUGUCUGUGAGUACUACAGCACAAGUUUUUCUAACUUCAGUGGUCCCGUCACUGACGUUAAUUGGUUAUCACAACGCUUUAGUGAAUGUCUAUCUGCCUUAUCUUUUAUGAGUGACAAUGGUUUAGUGCACUGUUGUUUGACUCCUGAUAUGAUUAUGCUUGAUUCUGGUGGACGUGUAAAAAUUGGAGGCUACGGAAUUUAUUAUGCUACAGAUUGGGGAAAUAUAGCUAAUUUUACCUUCCCCAGUCUCAUGUAUUCUGCUCCUGAGGUAUUUUUAUUUUUAUACAAUCAAGCCAAUAAUUCAUGUCAACCAGAACGUUCAACAAAAUCUGAUAUGUGCUGGACAAAUAUAAAAGCAGACGUAUGGUCUUUAGGCAUCAUAUUUUUCGAGACAAUAUUUGGUAGGGAAUUCACUAAUCCAUUACUUAAACUUCGGAGUGAAAAUAUGAAAGAAGGUGAAAUAAUUUCCUUGUAUCUAAAGGGUCUUUGUCAGGCGAAUGAAUAUCCAACAUUACCUGAAUUUUUACAACUUCAUCUGAAUGUUAUAUCUGCUGACCUGGACAUCUUGGUUCAGCUUAUUCAAUGUUGCUUAAAGUUCGAUGCAGUAAAGCGACCUAAUCCUAAAUGUCUUAUGAAGGAGAUCGACGAAUUACUGAAAACUGAUUGUUACAUAUCUUCCGAUAUAAGUGGUGACAAAUAUUCAACUUCCUGGUGUAGGAAAAUAUAUAAUCAACCCAAGAAACGUGAAUUUCAUCCUCAAUUAUUCAGUUUGGAGGAUAACAAAAAUAAUAUUUUAAAAGCUUAUAAUUUUAUUAACAGUAUUGAAAAUUUAUCAGAACUUUAUUACUAUUGGAUGUUAACCGGUGGUAAAAUUCAUGCUACAUUAAAAGGUCAUACAGAUUCAAAAAGUAUUAUUGAUAAUUAUCAUCAUAACAGUUUCAAGCAAGAAUCAAUAAAAGAAAAAGAAACAUUAAUUGGCGCGAAUUCUCAAUGUUUAUUACCUCCAGUCUUGAGAAUUCCACAUUAUCUUGCUUUAGUACAAUCAAAUGCUACGCGUGCAAUAUCUUCAAAAGAACAAUGGCCGCUAGGUGAAAUUCCACAGCCACGUACAUUUCAGUUCCAAAUUACACCACUUUCCAAUGAAUGUUUUAUUGAACGUAUAUCGCAUACAUCUCUUCAUCAUUUAUAUCCCCUAUUUAUUUAUCAAGAUUUAAAAAUUAGUUCCACAGGAAAUUCAAAUGUUUAUUCUGCCUUGUACUCAGUUAAUAAUAAUAGUACUAAUCAUAUUAAUACUUCAUCUAACAGUUUAAUACCAAAUGAAUAUACACGUAUGAUUCCUAAUUCACCUUUGUUUGAAGUGACUGAGAAACUUUCAGAUUUUUUAGAUUCAUUAUGCAAAAAUGAUUUAACCUGUAUUACCGGUGUUGAUUGGAGUAUGUCAUUUACAAAUAAUCAGUAUGAAUCAAUAUCACAACAACCAUUAUCAGUUAGAGAAACUGAUGUAGAUUAUCAAAUUUAUCGCACACGUUUAUUUACCCGAAUAAUCAAUGGACUACCCGCAACUAAACAAUAUCUUCGUUUAGAAGCACGUAAAGAUAUACCACCAUUUUUACGUUGGAAGGUUUGGGCUGCUUUACUCGACGUUUAUCCCAAUCGGGAUUUCGAAUCAGCUUACCUGAAGGCAUUGCAUAGAAUCAACAAGUUUGGCUUGGACGUAACACCUAUAAAUGAAUUAAAUGAUAAUAAUAAUAACCUUAGUUGUGAUCUCUUAGAUGAAAAAGUCAUUAAUCAAAUAUCAGUUGAUUUACCACGUUGUCAUGCUUAUGAUCCAUUGUUGGCAUCAUCUAUUGGGCAAUCUGUACUUCGUCGUGUUCUACUAGCGACUUUAUUAAUGAAACCUGGUGCAUUGGAUUAUACUCAGGGUAUGGAUUCUGUAGCUGCUGUAUUUGUGCGUAUAUGUUAUCCAGAUGAAGCAUUGGCUGCUGCUUGUUUAAAUGCUUUUUUGUCAACAAAGCUACCGGGAUUUUUCUCUUCUGGUGGUCUUACUGUUGGUUUAAAAUCGUAUUUCAAUACACUUCUACGGUUGUUAGCAUUUCAUGUACCUCGACUAGCUAUUCGAUUGGUUGAUAUUAAUGUGCCUUUGAUUGGAUUGACUACCGGUUGGAUUUAUACGUUAUUUGCUCAUGCUAUGCCAUUGGAUCGUAUAGAAUUACUAUGGGAUACAAUAAUUCCUGGUCCAGCUUCAUUGUCAAUGUUUUUCUAUAUUGCAUUUUUUAUUCAGUUAGACAGACAAAUCAAUCUUGAGUUGUUAGGACUAGAAAAGAUUUGUACAAUUUUGUCGAAUUUUCCCGAUCUUAAUUUGGAUAAAUGUAGAACAGAUGCUUUAAAAUUGGCAUUGGCUACACCUCGAAGUUUAACAGCUUGGUCGAUUCCCAAUAGACAGUAUUUAAAUCAAAAAUUUAUGGAAAAUGAAGAAUUAAAAGUUGAAAACCUGAAUUCCAAAGGAAACGAAUCGUCAAAUUCUGAUUUUUAUGAACGUUUAAAAUCACAGAAUGCAUGGCCAGAUCAUUUAGAAUAUGAUUUUACAGAAUCAUUAGAAUAUUCUGAUAUCGAUGUUGCAUCAAAUGUUUGUGAGAAACUAAAUAUAUCGUCAAAUGCUUUUAAAUUAGUCCCAUUACUCAGUUUUAAAGAUGCUGUGGUGCAUGUGAAACGUCCAGAUUGUCUAGUUUUAGAUGUACGUAAUAUCAAAGAAUAUAAUAGAUUUCAUUUGCCUAACAGUAUUCAUUGUGGGAUUUCCAGAUCUGUAAUGCGAGAUUCUUCAUCAACAGGAAUUGAAGAAAGCAGCGAUAUAUCUUCAACUACCACUACCACUACUUUCUCUCCAGAAAACUGGGAGGUGAUUGACUAUCCAAGUGGUAAUCGUAAUCGACCACAAAUCAUACCAGAGUUUUUAGCCUUUCUGAUAAACCAAAAACUAUGGCAUCAAACAACACAAGCUAGACAGUUAUUAAAUAUUAAAUCAAGUCAUGGAGUCACUAAGGAAUCGGUCAACACAGUAACACCAUGUUCACCUGGGCUCUUAAUUGUAUGUGGCAACGACGAGCGUCUUUGUUGGGAUCUGGCGUUUUGGCUCAUAAAAUGUGAUAUUGAUCGUGUUUGCAUACUUUUUAGUAGUAACGACAGCAUAUCAGACUUCAUAAACUUAUGUUCUCAAUAGUUUGUUGUUCUGUCAUCUCACCGUCUCAAGAUUGUGAUUUGUAUACCUCUUCAUCCCUUUGGUUUCUGUUCAGUACCAGACUACAG